CCAGUCCGUCCGAUGGCCGACGAAAAUGCGCGCCAGUCCGUCAGAUGGCCGACGAAAAUGCGCGCCAGUCCGUCCGAUGGCCGACGGUUCCGACCGUACGGUCGAUCAUAA